AUGGAUGCUGAGCAGAUUAGAGACGGUGUAAAAUACAUGCAACAAGGCGAUAAAGCUGCUUCCAAAGGUCUCUUUAGAAAACCUGACUGGGAUGUCGCUGCUAGCUAUUAUGAACGCGCAGCCACUGCAUUCAAAAUCGCAAAGUCUUAUGAUCAAGCUGUCCAAGCAUAUGUGAAAGCCUCCGAAGCGCUUUCAAAAGCAGAUGCUAUUCAUUUGGCAGGAAAAGCGCUCGAGAAUGCAGCAUUUAUCUUGGCACAAAAUUUAAAUCAGCCUCAACGUGCGGCUGAGGCCUAUCAACGUGCUAGUAAUUAUUUCAUGACACAAGGCAGUAUCGAUAGAGCUGCUGAACAACUGGAAAAGGCAGGAAGAGCUUUGGAGAAUGUCGAUGUCAAUGCAUCCUAUGACAUGUACAGUAAAGCCUGCUCUCUGUUUGAGCAAGAAGACCGAGGAAGAUUUGCUGUGGAUAUAUUCAAGAAGGCCAUUUCAUUGUUGAUUAGAAACAAAAAGUACGACAAAGCCAUUGAUAUGUUGAAGCGAGAAUCUGUGAUUCUUCAAAAGUUUACAGCUAGAUCUCACUUGUACAAGGCCAAUCUCAGCAUUCUUAUCCUGAUUUUCGCUAUUGGAGAUGAUGUGGAAGCAGGCAAGCAAUUCAGUGCCAUGUGUGGAAAUGACGCAGGAUUUGCACAGAGCGAAGAAGCAGAGAUUGCCGAGGACUUGCUCAAGGCCUAUGAAGAGAGAGAUCAGGAAUUACUAGUAAAGACAACUCGAUUGCAGCAUGUGACAUUUUUAGAUAAUGAAGUUGUCAAGCUGGCCCGCAUGUUGAGAGUGCCUGGUGAAGUUUUAUCUCCUACGAGUCCCAGCAGACAUGAAUUGAACAGUGGUGGUAGCAACAGCAAUAUUCGACCUCCUGGCCAGUACCAAGGUGCUGCUGAUAACAGUAAUGUGCGUGGUAUGUCUCAUGCUCAAGCGAGAGCUGAAUUAUACAGUCGUCCUACUGGACCUCCUUCUGCCGCUGGCCAAAACGACUUGAACAAGGGAUUCUCCCAUAUGACAGUGCAAGGCGAUGAUGACGAUGAAGAGGGUUUGCGAUAA